AUGGCGGAUAGCGAUGUCAGCAAUAUCAUAAAAAGACUGGCAAAGCUGCUAAACCAGGAGACGGUUGACAGGGUCCUCGAUGCCGGUGACCGACGUCUAUUGCACCCAGACCAAGUUGCAAUGCUUGCACAGCUUCACACCUUUUUCAGAGGCCAGACCGCCGAGAGCGAAGAAGAGAGGGAUGAAGACAAGGGCCCCCGUGGCAGACCACGACGGGGCAGGCGAGCAGGCAAAGCCGCCGGCAACACGACCAGGAAUGAGAUGAUGCGUCUCGCGAAGGACGUAAGGCCACAUCCUCUCGUGACCGAACUUUUGGACAGCCAAAACUGCACUGCUAGCAUAUUCCUCGCUGGUCGCAGUGGCGGCGAAGGCGGCGACGAGGACCUCGCUGAUUUCCCGUCACAGCUGGAAAAUUGCCGAGAAAACGGGAAACAAAAUGUCGCCUUUGCACAUUGCGUACACUUUCUGGAGACGAUUGAGAAACGUAAUGUCCUGGACGCGGGUCGAAAGUGUUUCUUGUACCUGUUCUUCUUCGAUAUUACGCUCCAUCUGAAUCAAGUAAACAAUACCACGCACACUGGCAGUCGAAUGGGUCAGAAGCAGAAGGAGAAUGCUCUGAAUUUGCUGGCGGGGAACUUUUUUGAGCGCGUCUUUGUCGAUCCCGAGGAAUGCAAAGAGGUCAAGAAGAAAGUGGACAAGUGGACGAAGCGCGGCAAAAAGCUCGAUCAGCUGUGCGAGGCUUUCGACGAGGGGGCGUUGCUGAUUCUGGCGGACAAGCUAUCUGAGGACAUGUUAGACAACAAGUACAGAGAGGGCGAAGACAAUGCAAUUCACCAACAGGUAUUCCAAGAACUCGAGAUGCAGAAGCUGAAGGAGCAAGGCGAGGUGUCAGGCGCGACAAGGUUGGGGAAAGAAGUGCGGCGGUUCAUGUUGCUCAACUGGAUCGACGAUGGUGCUAAUACAGAGGAAGUCGAAACUGCUAGUCCAGCAUCUCAAGGACAACAUAUCGAGCCUACUGACGAUGCUGAAGUUGAUGCAUCGGUCAAGGAUGGCGCGGGUGACUCCCAGUCGGAUUCUGAUGGUCAACAAGACAUCGAGCCCGUUCACGAUUCUGAGGUCGAUGCAUCGGUCAAGGACAGUGCGGUCAACUCCCAGUCGGAGUCUGACGGUCAACUUGAAAGAAACGCAGAGAUGGACGAAGUUGAUGUCGAAGACGGCAGCGCAGAUGGUCAGGAUUCGGACAUCCCCGAGGACGCAGGCCAGCUCAAGCGCAAGCGGGUGAACUCCGCAGAUGACGUUUGA